GGCACCCGCAGGCAGGCAGGAAAGCCACCUAGAACCCGAAGUGAAAAACAGUCCAAAUCCGGAGAUUUCAACUUUAGGGGCAGGAUAAUACAAACCAGGUGUUCUCAAACUGGAGCGUGCAACAGCAUCAGCUGAUGAAGACUUCACACAAGUGGUGACAUUGGACUCUCCAAAAAGAGAAGACAGGGAAGGACAUUUGAUUCCCGUGCAAAGUCUGAAGGUCAUUGCCUGAGUACCUGACUCUUGGGUGCUGAUCCCAGGUCCAGCGAGAAAGAAUCUGGCCAUCCCAGCUAAGGCUGCAUGCAAGGGAUGGGUAGUUUUCCACAGGAAAAAGUGAGUGUUGUUGCUAAAGUUAGGGGAAGAGAAUGAUGCUUGCUGAAUCCACAGACAUCUGCAGAAAGACAAAAGGGCAUGAACAAGGAGCCAAGGAUAAAUCCUUAUGGCACUUCAGUUACCUUGGAGUAGGAGCUGGACUUUGCAGCCCGCAGAACAUCCUGGCAGCAGCUGUCUUUGCUAGGAAACCUCAUAGAGGCAGAGAGAAGAGAAAUCCUGGGACAUCAACCUGUGAAAACUAUGAAGGAAAUUCUGUCGAUAUUCAACCAGCAUGCCUUGGACUUUACUGUGGGAAGACCCUAUUAUUUAAAAAUGGCUCAACUGAAAUAUAUGGAGAAUGUGGGGUAUGUCCGAGAGGACAGAGAACAAAUGCACAGAAAUAUUGUCAGCCUUGCACAGAGUCUCCAGAACUUUAUGAUUGGCUGUAUCUUGGAUUUAUGGCUAUGCUUCCUCUUGUUUUACAUUGGUUCUUCAUUGAAUGGUACUCGGGGAAAAAGAGUUCCAGUGCACUUUUCCAGCACAUCACUGCAUUAUUUGAAUGCAGUAUGGCAGCUAUUAUCACCUUACUUGUGAGUGAUCCAGUUGGUGUUCUGUAUAUCCGUUCAUGUCGAGUACUAAUGCUUUCUGAUUGGUAUACGAUGCUUUACAAUCCAAGUCCCGACUAUGUUACCACAGUGCACUGUACUCAUGAAGCUGUCUACCCUCUGUACACUAUUGUAUUUAUCUAUUAUGCAUUCUGCUUGGUAUUCAUGAUGCUACUCCGACCCCUUCUGGUAAAGAAGAUUGCCUGUGGGUUAGGAAAGUCUGAUCGAUUUAAAAGUAUUUAUGCUGCACUUUACUUCUUCCCAAUUUUAACUGUGCUUCAGGCAGUUGGUGGAGGCCUUUUAUAUUAUGCCUUCCCAUACAUUAUAUUAGUAUUAUCUUUGGUUACUCUGGCUGUGUACAUGUCGGCUUCUGAAAUAGAGAACUGCUAUGAUCUUCUGGUGAGAAAGAAAAGACUUAUUGUUCUCUUCAGCCACUGGUUACUUCAUGCCUAUGGAAUAAUAUCCAUUUCCAGAGUGGAUAAACUCGAGCAAGAUUUGCCGCUUUUGGCUUUGGUACCCACUCCAGCUCUUUUUUACUUGUUCACUGCGAAAUUUACUGAGCCUUCACGGAUACUCUCUGAAGGAGCCAAUGGACACUGAAUGUAAAAUGCCAAAAAACCUAAAAAGUGUUCUUAGUAAAAAAACAUAAAAUGCAUUAAUACUCUUCUGUUGUGUAUGGAAGAUUGUUUGUUUUCCGUUUUUGACUUAACAGACUUUCUGGAUAGACUUGGAAAAUACAAAAUGCUGUAGUCUAUGACAUAGUAUAAUACACUUACACACUUUAGCACACCAGGACACUACAAGCAUGUUAGGAAGUACUUGCUUCCUGCAACAAUUUAGUUAUCCUUUAGAACAAAAUCGUGUUCCUCUAUACCUAGACAAGUAUAAUCUGAAAUCCUUAGCAUCGGUCUAAUUUGCAUGCCUCUUGUGUUUCAAUUUGUUUUUCAAGUAUAAGGAAUAAGAAGGACAAACAUACCUGUGGGUCUGGUAGCAAACAUGAAAGGGAAGUAUGUUGUUUGUUAUUUAUUUUUACCAGUACAGUAUUUUGAUUAUAAAAAUAGAGUAUAAUUUAUAUAACAGGUUUUCUGUUUAUAGGUAGUUUGGUUGAAGACCUCUUCUGAUUAUGGAUUCUGUUAAGAAAAACAAUAAAAUGCUUAACUACAAAAAAAAAUCCCAGGUGUUCUGACAUUUAAUUGUGGAAAUAAUUCAGACUAAAAAGAGGAAUAUUUCUUUCCCAAGUGAAUAAAUACAUGGAUUCACACAUUCCCUUCCUCUUUGGUCUCCUUUUUGAAGGAUAUAUACACGGUGCAAUAAUAUUUUAUUGAUCCUAAAAUUUUUCACAUUGUGACGUCUCUGAAUUAGGAUGCAUCUUACAAUUGAUGCCUUAACAGAAUACAGAAUAUAUAGAACAUACACUUUUCCUGUGGUUAUUGAUAGGUGUACUGUGUAUUUUAUGCUCUAAAGCCUUUAAGAGAUUCAUGUGGAACCAUGGAAGCAAAAUAAGGGUUUUUUUUUUUGUUUUUUUUUUAACAUUUAUCCAACCAUGUAUAUCCAUUUGUAUUUAGAAGGUUAUUUACUGAUUCUGCUAUUGGGUGGGGAUUAUGCAAUUUUGUUAAGACAUCCAUAGAUCAUUGCAAAACAUGAAGAAAGUGUACUCACUUGUUCUGUAGUUUUGUUUGUGCCUUUUGAAUUCACAGCAGUUAUAGCCUUGAAGUUAUUUUGUUAGUUUUUUUACAUUCACCCACUGGGGGAUGGACUUUUUUGAUAGGAAUGUGUUUCUUCUUUUCUGUAGGAAUAAAAACAUAAAAAUGCUGUGUAUCUCA